CUCCGAUUUCCCCUUCUCCUGUCAGGUGACGCAGCGGCAGUGCGAGGUGAAAGGUUUGCAGAGGUGAACGAAGCAGAGGUUUGAAAUGAAUGCUGCAAGUUUCAGAGACUGUGAGGCCUGGAGGGCAGAGGGUCUUCCACUGUCCACCAGCAGCAACGAGGCAUGCAAACUAUAUGAUGCCAUCCUCACCCAGUAUGUGAAGUGGCAGAAUGAUGAAACCCUGGGAGGAUUUGAUGGAUGCAUCUCUGCUCUGCAGGCAGCAGACCCUUCCUUUGUUAUGGGACAUGUCAUCUGCACGGGGCUCGAGCUGGCAGGAACAGGAACCUCCGUCCGUUUGAAUGAGCGUCUGGCCGGUGAUGUGAAGCGAAUGGUGGAGCUGGCAAACAACCAGGACAUCUCUCCCAGGGAGAGGCUUCAUGUCAGAGCCAUGGAGCUCUUCUCACACGGAAAUUUCUCCAAGGCCUGCGAUGUAUGGGAAGACAUUCUGGUAGAUUAUCCAACUGACAUGCUGGCUCUGAAGUUUUCUCACGAUGCUUACUUCUACAUCGGAGCCCAAAACAAGCUGAGGGACUCGGUGGCUCGUGUGCUGCCCUACUGGAAACCACACAUGCCUUUGGCCAGCUAUCUGAAAGGAAUGUACUCCUUUGGCCUCUUGGAGACUCGCGCUUACGACCAGGCUGAGAAAGUAGCCAUGGAGGGUCUCGCUCUGACUCCGGAGGACGCCUGGGCUGUGCACUCUGUGGCACACGUUUAUGAGAUGAGAGUCGAGGUGGACAAAGGCCUGAAGUUCAUGGAGAGUAGAGAGAAAGACUGGCAGGUAUCCGACAUGCUGGCCAGUCACAACUAUUGGCACUGGGCUCUGUACUUCAUCGAGAAGGAGCAAUAUGAAGCCGCUCUGGAAAUAUUCGAUUCUCAGGUGUCCAGACGUUGUAAAGCCUCAGGAUCCAUGUUGGACAUGGUUGAUGCCAGCUCAUUGCUCUACAGACUGGAAAUGGAAGGUGUGUGUGUGAAGGACCGUUGGCGAGAGCUGCUCCAGGUGACGCAGCCUCACACUGACGAUCAUGUGACCUUGUUUAACGAUGUCCACUUCCUCAUGGCGUCGCUGGGAGCCAAAGAGAGCGCCACUUCUCACCGACUGCUGGAGGGCCUCCAGGAAUUGGCAAAAGAGCCAGGAGAGAACCAGCAACAUCAGCUGGCUCAGACCCUCGGCGUGCCAAUGUGUCAGGCCAUGGCGGAGUACGACCAGGGAAACUACAACCGCACCGUGGAUCUGCUGUACCCUCUCCGCUACGACAUCGUAAAAAUGGGAGGCAGUGAUGCACAGAGAGACGUCUUCAAUCAACUGCUUAUUCAUGCGGCUGUGAAAUCGGAGAAUAAGCACCACCAGAAACUGGGAAGAUGUCUUCUGGUGGAGCGUGACGCCAUGAGGCCGGGAUCCCCUCUGACGACUCGUCUGAUGCAGAGAGCCUUGGCUCUGCACUAGACUGAUGGAAAGGUGUGCAAGGCCUGAUCUCAUGCAGAAAACAUGAAGGAGCAGCAUAGUCUGAUGUGGCAGGACUUGGCUUUAAGAGAUUAUUUCGCCUAAAAAACAGGAACUUAUCACUGUCAGCACAUCUGAAUGUUUUUAUACAGCAUGCUUUUAAAGUGUAGGGCUCUGUGGCCUUUAUAUUUCUGACAUUUCAGGCUUAGGAGGUAAACAAAUCUGCUCAUUUCCUCCUGGCUAUGACACCAUAUUCACCCCAAGUUUCCAGGUUGCAUGCUUAGUAUCAUAUUCUUGAUGUUUUUUUGCUCUUUUAGUUGACAAACCUGUCACUCAAUCACUGCAGAGGCGCGUCACUUUCUUUGUCUGAUUUUUAUUAGCAAACUUCACAUUUAGAAAUAAAUAAGAAAUGAAAUCUUCAUGUCAAGAUCAAUACAAAAAAACUAAGAUAUAUACAUUUUGUGAUGAGUACUGAAGUAACACAAUAAAGUGCACCACACUAUUAUGCCUGGAGGCAGCAGCACAAUAAGAAGAUACAGUAGCUGUAGAACAGAUGUCCUUGAACGUCAGAGGAGCCGAGCGCUGCGACUUCUUUCUCUUUUCUCCUCUUCCCUCGUUGGCCCACUCUCACAACACCGAAGUAAUCUCAUCUUGGAUCUGAGAGAUCAGGAUCUGGGACAGCACGAUGCCUGCAAUCUAGAGGACAGCAGCAGCUACUUAACAUCACAGCACAGACUGCAGAAAAAUAAAGCCUCUGCCAGAACGAGGUCCCUCUGUGGGGUGUUUUAACAGUUAUUUGGCAGAGAGGAAAUGUUUCAAAUUAGGCAGGACUGUUUGGAUUGUGGCCAUUUGAUAAUUCUGGACUCUUGUACUAAGGCUGGGCAUACACUAAUUCUAUUAACGCUGUGAUAGAAUGCAAGCUAAAACAGUGCAAGUCGAUUGUUUAUAUUUCUGUACUCACUGUAAUAUCUGAUAACCUCAGUGCUGACACUCUACAAGUGAAAUUUUGUCCAAAUAUUGAAAAAUGUCAAUAAAAUUUCUUUAAAAACUUUGA